CCAUCCCCGCGCCGCCACUCUCUUCCUCGGGAUCCUCCCAGAUCCUCAUCGUCCAACCCCGCACAGCGAAGCCUCCACCUUCUCCUUGAUUUCCCCCAUCCGCCACUCCUCUGCUCGAUCUCCCCUGUCACCCAAUCCAUCGAUCCCCUCCAACCAGAGCCCUCUCACGGCCUCCCGCUCGAUCCCUCCCGAGCGCCUCCUCCACGCCGUGCUCCUUCCCCGAGCCCUGCGCCUUGCUCUACGCCAUGGCGUUCCCCAUGGAGAUCCAAGCCAAAGCCUCCACCGCCACCUCCUCUGCUCCCGAGGCCCGAGCGUCCUCUCAUCCAGGAGCACGAGCCCCUCGUCAUCGCGCCGCCCUGGCGAGUGUGCUAGCCGGCAACCUCGCCGGACCACCAGAUGAACCAGGCCGCCCCUCUGCUCCCCUCCGUCAUCCCCUUUUUCCUUUCCUUCUCCCUCUCGCAUCUCUCUCUCUUUUGCUCCCAGGGACCGACGCCAUGGACGCCAUGCUCAAGAUCCACCUCGUCGCCGUUUUGCACCCGUCCCAGCCUGGAAACGGACGGAUCCGUCUUCCCCGUGUCUGUCCCCUACCUCUCCGCCUCGCCAGAGUCCAGCACAUCGCCGGCUGCGCCACCUCAGGACGAGCCCUGCCCCGCCAUGGAUGCUGCCAUGGACGCCGCCUUCCCACUCCCGGCGCCCCUUCCUCAACCCUGCCUGCAAGUCGCCUCCUCCUCGUCGUGUUGGAGGAGACGAACGCCUCGCAAGCCUCUGCCCGAACCACGCCGGCCCGCCGCUUCCCGUGCCUGCCUCUGCCUGCGUCCUCUGCUUCUUCCAGGACGAGGCACCCGCUCGCACGCGCGUUGACCAGCUCCAGCGCGUGGGUCGCGCCCAGCUCCACCAGAUCCAGCCAGCCCAGCAUCGCAAGGCCCGGCGCCCCUUCCAGCCGGCCUGCCAGGCCUCCUCCACCGAACGGGCUGAAGCCCAUGGUUCCGGUAACGUUGCAUUCGUGAGGAUUUGUUCGACUACGUCCGUUCGUCUUCGUCAUGGACUCGUUCUUCUUCCUUG